UCAGGUGUUGAAUUUUGCAAUGAUUGUGUCAUCUGCUCUGAUGAUCUGGAAAGGUUUGAUGGUGGUGACAGGCAGUGAGAGCCCCAUUGUGGUGGUCCUCAGUGGUAGCAUGGCGCCAGCCUUCCAUAGAGGAGACCUCCUGUUGAUAACCAACUACAAAGAGGAGCCCAUCAGAGUUGGGGAGAUCGUUGUCUUCAAAGUUGAGGGCAGAGACAUCCCUAUUGUGCAUAGGGUGCUGAGGGUUCAUGAGAAGAUGGAUGGAAACAUUAAAUUCUUGACAAAGGGAGACCAUAACGGAGAGGACGACCGGGGUCUCUAUGCUCCAGGCCAGUUGUGGUGGGAAAAGAAGGAUGUGGUCGGUCGAGUGAAGGCGUAUCUACCGUAUGCUGGAAUGGUGACAACAUUGAUGAAUGAUUUCCCGCUGCUCAAAUAUGCCAUCUUAGCCGUCCUGGGACUCUUUGUGCUGAUUCAUCGAGAGUGACCCCUUCUUGAACCUAGAUUUGCCUGUGUCUGUGGAUUGUGUUGUCUUCUUGAUGACUUUGGCCUUGACCUUCUGCAUCUGGAAUGGAUUGAAGACAUGGGCACAUGUGUUGUCUCUGUAUUCAAUGAGUGCCAUGGACAAAGUUGUUUGGUUUUUUUUUGGGGGGGGGAGGAUUUGAUUUGACAAGUUAGUACCUGUGUGUUUAUUGACUGUUGAUACGGCCUAUCCUGGGACGAGCAUGAAGUUGGCGAUAUAGGACGGCUGACGGUACAACAAAGUGAAGUUUCGUGUCCUCUGUUAAAUACAUGUAUGUAGUAUCGACAUAUUGUAUAUUGUAGUGACAGAGUUGUGGUUCAUAAGACGCAUGCUACGUAUCCCAUGGACAGCUAGAAAAACAAAUGAAGA